GGUAUUUCCUUGUUCCUGCUCCUCCCAGCUCCAAGAUGGCAGCCGCUCGACGAGGAUGAGCGACGACACACUGGAGUUCUGUCAUGAAACAGCAUCUGACAAUGCAGCUGUUACUGCCAUUGUGUUGACAUGGCGCUCAUUUAAUACCUAGCUACUUGUUUUGUCACCUACCAAGACCGCUGAAGGAUCGCUAAAGAACAUGCUUUUCUGUUGGCUAAGCUAGCAAGCUGCGAGCAUAUUUACCACCAUGGCCAUCACUCAGUUUCGUCUAUUUAAAAUCUGCACAUGCCUAGCCAGUUUGCUCUCUUUCUUCAAGAGAUUACUGUGCAGAUCUGGAAGGGGGCGAAAGCUCAGUGGUGAUCAAAUAAGUCUCCCAACAACAGUGGAUUUUUCAUUAACCGUACCAAAGCAGUCUCCACAGCUUGAGGUUGAAGAAUGGAGCUCAUGGGACGAAGACGCACCAACGAGUAUUAAGAUUGAAGGUGGUAAUGGAAACAUCUCUCCUCCACCCAACGAAGUAGAUGAGGAACCCGACUACUUCAAAGACAUGGCGCCAACCAUCAGGAAAACACAGAAGAUAGUGUUAAAGAAAAGGGAGCCUUUAAACUACCUGGUGCCUGACGGCUCAGCAGGUUUCUCCAGCAGACUGGCAGCCUCUCAGGAUAUGAUGACCUUUGGUACACCCUCAGCAGAACUUGGUGAAAUGGACAACUGGCAGGAAAACACCAAUGCCUGGGAGGAUGAGUCUGAUGCCACCUGGGAAGCAGAAGAAGUGCUCAGACAACAAAAGAUGGCAGAGAGAGAAAAGCGUUCCAUGGAGCAGCAGAGAAAGAAAAUGGAGAAGGAUGCUCAGAGGAUGAUGAAGAAAGAGCAGAAGAUGGCUGUCAAGCUUUCAUAACAUUCUAGAAAUGCUCAGUGAGUGAGCCAUGGGGAUAUGAGGGAAAGACACUGAAUCAGCCAUGAGUUUAUUUUUAGGUCAUCAAACCAACCAGGAUUGUAAGCAACGAGCCACCCUCAUCUUCAUCCACAUCCUGUUUUCCACCAGCAGCCAUUUAAGUGUUCUCUUGGAGCAACCCUGAAUCCUUCUUGCUGGCCACAUUCAACAUCAACAACUCAUUUUGAUGGUAGAUUUGUGUUUCUUUGCCAGUCUAUCUUAGAUUAAUUAACGGCACCAUUUACUGCAUAUUGUGGUCCUGUGCUAUAAUCAGCACAGGCCCCGUUCAAGGUAUGUAAAUAAACUGAACUUGUACUACCUUUUCAAAAUUAAAAAGCAGUUUUUUGGUUUUGUUUCUAAUAUCAAUGGACAAAGAGGUGUAAUUUGCUGUUAUUACCAGAUACAUUAAUGGUCCAUUGCAUCCUUUUUUUAAAAAAAAUAUUUAUAUUUCAUUGUUUUUUCUUCAAAAUUCGUUUUUACUUGUGUUCUGCACUAAAUGCACUGUACAUCUUCAAAAUUCAUUAAAUAGUUUGACAUAAACUGUAAUCCAACCAAACUAUUUAUACUCUGGGUCUCUAUUUAGUAACAACAUUGCUUGCUAAUAACUCAUUUAUUCUCAAUGAGCUUAGUUGGUCUUGGAUAUCUGCAUAGAUGAUAUAAUCCUCCCAAUGUGCAAUUAUUGUGACAUGGCAGCAUGAUCAGAAGUGAAUUGAACAGCCAUCUAGAUUCUUCAGCAAUAAGGUUUGCUUUGCUUUUAAACUAACAUUGUGCAUGUUGUUUUGGUUUACAAUGUCCAAAAGUCAUGGAGGGUUUAUGUAUAUUUCUGAUUAGUUUGUACAAUGAUGUGUUUUGAUUCCCAGUU